CUCUUCCUCUCUGUGUAUCUUUGACUCCCUCCCAUAUACACGUAUUAAUUCCACCCCUCUCUAUUUGUAUCCCUCUCCCUCUCUAUAUUACAUAAACAAAGAGUUAGUUCCCCUGACCAGUCUUGUAGACGUUCUCCGUCAUUCAUUAAAUACAAGGUUUGUCAUAAGUGAGGUAAAAACUUGUGUGGAAAUAUGUAGUAAUUUUUUUUUAUCUCAAACGCAUUGAUGUUUACUUUAUGAUUUUGUUGACUCUAAAAAUAUUCAAGAUCACAAAGUUGUGUGUGAUGAGACUUAGUUUGAUUGCUCUCGCAGACUGAUCAUACGAGGACAUCUGCCACAUUUCCUAUUCGGUGUAUAUUGAUUUUCAGGAAGAAAGACAGUGCCCCUGAUGCGUUACAGGGUCUCUGCAAUUGGUAGGAGAGAGGGAGGUAGGAGUAGAGGAUCUCAAAGCAGAGGCCUGGUCCGAAUACUUACUACAAAGUGGAUCUCCUAAAGACAACCAAGGUGCCAAAUGGUGGUAUUAAACCGAGCGACGGGUUAAGUCUGUCAUAGCGGGAUUUGAAAUCAGAAUGCAAAGAACCGGAACAAUACCGCAAUGUAUCCGGACCCACCUUUUUUUAGUUUUACUAAUCCACCACCUUGGAUUGGUACUUUAUUAUGAUUGACUCCAAAAGGAUGAAAGACAGUUGACCUCGGCGGGAUUUGAACUUAGAAUCUUGAGAGUCAGAACAAACAUCGUGAAGCUUUCGAUCCUACGCUAAAAAUAGGAUAUCAAGUGGUAUUAUGAACAUGAAGAUUUCACUUAAGAUACAUCAACAUAAUUAUUCUUAAUUGAAGAAACAGAAGUUUUUAUGAAGAUCUCGUGUAAAGCUGUUCAUUCAAAUCCUGGAUUAAAUUCAUCAUCAUCCUUUAUAUUUUAAUGUCCAUUUUAUCAAACUGCCAUAGGGUUGUUGGGAUACAGCAUAUAUCACUAUUUAUUUGGGAAUUUCUUCAGCACUUUGUAUCAAAGUAUUUGAGAUUUGACCUCCAUUUUUCAACACGUCCUUUUAAUGAUUUUGUAUAUAAAACUUAAACUAAUUUACCAUAGAUAUACAUUUGGUUUCUUGAUGGGAAUUUUCAUAUAGAAUUUAUGUGAUAAGUGGAACUAUUUUUUGUGAUUUUUUUUUUUAACUUUCCGGUUUUUCAUUGCAAGACAGAAUUCUAUCCUAAUUACAUCUCUUGGAAUAAUUAUCACAGAAAUGAAUGUUUACUUACAAAACAUCUUGUUAUUGGAUGUUGGCAGGAAAGGAUGAAAAUUAUUUUGUUGUUGUUGCUGCUGUGUGGUGAAAAUGUGAAGAUUUGAAGGAAAAAUAUUGCAUCAAAAGUCACAAAAUAUUGGUUUUAGUGAUCAGAGAUUGCCAAAGACCUACGUAAUGAUACUGCUGAUAUCAAUGUAAAGUCAUCCAUAACUGGAAAUAAAUUAAUUGAAUGUAAACCAAAAGAGGAUCAAUUCUUCAUAAUUACAAUAUUUGUAAUAAAAAAUUCACAAUGAGCAGUUUAAUAUCUCAACAUAAACGUAUUCCAACAGGAGAGAAUCGAUAUCCUUGUGAUAUCUGUGGUCAAACCUUCUCUCAGAAAAGAGUUCUAACAGCACAUAAAUUUAAUCAUAUGCGAGAAAAUGCAUCCCUCUGUGAAAUCUGUGGAAAAACUUUCUCUCGGAGGGGAAGCUUAACUCGACACAAACAUAUUCAUACAGAUGAAAAGACAUAUCACUGUGAUAUCUGUAGUAAAUCUUUCUCACGAAAAUGUCACUUAUCCACACACAAAUACAUUCACGGAGGAGAAAAGCCAUAUCAUUGUGAUAUUUGUGGUAAAUCAUUCUCUGAAAGAAACAAUUUAACUAAACACGUACUUAUUCAUACUGGAGAGAAACCAUAUCAAUGUGAUAUAUGCUUCAGGCGUUUCUCACAAAAAAGUAAUUUAAAUACACACAAGUAUAUUCAUAAAGAAAAGAAGCCGUAUCACUGUGAUAUAUGUGGCAAAUCAUUCACUUGUGUCAGCCAAAUAACCCAUCACACACGUAUUCAUACUGGAGAGAAACCAUUUCAGUGUGAUAUAUGUGAUAAAGCAUUCCCUCAAAGAAGUGGCUUGACUAGGCAUAAACGUGUUCAUACAGGUGAGAAGCCAUUUCACUGUGAUAUAUGUGAUCGAUCAUUUUCUCAGAAAACUGCCUUAAAUAGACACCAGCUUAUUCAUGCUGAAGAAGGACCAUACCGCUGUGAUGUUUGUGGUAAAUUCUUCCUUGACAUGAACCAAGUGACCAAACACAAUUGUAUUCAUGAAGAAGAGAAGCCAUAUCAGUGUGAUAUCUGUGAUGAAUCAUUCUCUCAUAGAAACAUAUUAGCAACACACAUUCGAAUCCACACAGAAGAGACACCAUAUCAGUGUGAUGUAUGUGGUGAAUUAUUUCCUGAAAUCAGUCCUUUAAUGAAACAUGUACAUAUUCAUACUGGAGAGAAACCAUAUCAUUGUAGUGUGUGUAAUAAAUCAUUUUCUCAAAGAUGUCAUUCAAAUACACAUCAAAAUACAGGAGAGAAGUCAUACAGUUGUGAUGUCUGCAACAAAUCAUUUUCUGAAAAAAAGCAUUUAACUAGACACAAAAAAAUUCAUACAGAAGAGAAGCCAGAUAACUGAUAUGUGUGGUAAAUUCAUUGUUUUAGUUAAAGGUAACCAAAUGCAAACAUCUUCAUUCUGGAGAAGAACCUAAUCGCUGAUAUAAUUACUUUGGUAAUGCUUCCUCUGAAAUGGUAUCUUUUAAAUUCGUAUGGAUUUAUUGUCCCUAAAUUGCAAUUUAUCUGUGAAGGUGAAGCAAUGAUUGGGCAGCUGACCUGUAUGUCUGAGAGUUCAACAAAAGAAAAAGUGAGAAAGUAAAGGAAUCCCGCUGAGGCUUACAAAAACUUUCCAGGAACUAAUUUUCAACAGUUGCAGUAGAAUUGUCUUGGUGAUCAGGAGGCAAAAGUGUAGUGAGAAUUUUGACAUCUUAAGAAAGAAAUGAAAAGGAAAUACAACAGAUUUUGUAUGCUUUUACAUGGUUAUCAUGGCUGUGCCAUGAUGUAAUAUCAUUAUCAUAUUUUUGGUAAAUCAUUGUCAAAAACAAAUACCUUGAUUACAGACAGUUGGUGGGUGGGAACUUAUCCCUUUGUAAUCAGUGGCUAAAUUGUCUGUCAUUGAUCGAAAUAUCUCCAACUGGUGAAAAGCUAUAUUUCUGCAAUGUUUGUGGAGAAAUUAGCAUUCUUGCAGUGCAAUCAUUUGAUUUAUUCACACUGAGUAUAUCCUAAAAUAUGAGCGAUCCAUGACAAAAUAACUUCCCAACUGUAAAAAAUACUGCUGGAUUAGAUGAAAUACUCCCUAAAAUAUUUUAUAUAGCCACAAAUAUAUCCAAACUGAUAACAAAGUUUACAACUGUGAUUUAAGUACCUUUUUUUUCUCUGUGUUUUUUUGUUUUUUUGGAGGGGAGAAGAGUUGCACCCAUGACCUUUUACAAGAGCCGGACUAACGGGAGAAAUGAAUGAAGAAACCAUUAAUUUUAUGUUACUAUAGUGGGAAGCAGCAUAUCAAGAUAUAUUCGUACCAGUAAAAUGAUGUGAAUGCUUACAACAGAGUGGACUAUACCAAAGGCUUCUAAAGGCCAACCUGGUGAUGACCUAAGACCGAGCACAGUCCAUCACACAGUCUUCCACACAGUUCCAGUCUACACAGUUUCACUCUUGAUGCUUGGGUCAGCCAAAGUUUCUAAGAAAAGAUACUAAAGCAAGAUGUAAUGCAGUGAAAUCAAACAGAGAGCCAUGUGAUUGGAAAACGAACUUUAAAAUUGACCAAAUAGUAAUGUUGAUACAAACAACAAUAAUUUGUUGUUAAACCCUUUUAAUACCAACAUCCUUGGUUCUUUGAAACAAACUUGCUGUUUUAAAGUGAUCUAAAUUUAAACCUUCCAGCAAAAUGCCAUGUUAAAACAUCAGCUGAAUAAUUACAGUUAUUUUACUAAAUUCUUCAUUAUUUUUCAAAAUUAAUUUA